CUCAAUUUCUCAGAACCCUAGCGGACAUUUCUCUCUGUAAAUCCCUUUUCUUCAUUUCAAUGGGCAACUUCAGUGGUCUUCCAACAGAUAUUGUACUCGACAUUUUGACUCGUCUUCCAACUGAAUCAGUAUUAGAGUGUAAAUUAGUUUGUAGGCCGUGGAGAAAUCUUGUAUCUCGUUCAUCCAUCAUUAUCUAAAUUGCAUCUAACUCGUCUCAAUCACUCUGCUGAUUCCAGUAAGUUAAGCUUUAUUGUCUUAAGUCUUAAGCAUUUUUACUAUUUUGAGUACGAUGAGAACAAUGUUGAAACCCCUAUUGAUAGUAUGAGAACGAUCAAUUUCACCCCUCCAUUUGCAACUUCUGGUUAUACCUUUUUUGGUUCAAUUAAUGGUUUGGUCUGUUUAUCUGGAUACCAUGAUAGAUCUGUUUGUAUUUGUAAUCCGGUGACAAAAGAAUAUGUUAAGCUACCAAAAUUUAGCAGAGAUUCCGACUCGGAUCAGUAUUUUCCUUGGGCGAGAGGGUUUGGUUACCUUCCUUUAACUAAUGAGUAUAAAUUUGUUGAAAGUAUUAGGUUAAAAACAGACCUCAGUAUUGUCGAGGUUGGGGUGUACACUUUUGGCAGUGGCAAUGGGUGGAGAAAUGUUGGGAGGUUUGAUCUCAAGUGUGGUGAUACGCUUAUCGAUAAUGGUGUCUUUGUGAAUGGAGCGCUGUAUUGGGUUAAUAAAACUGGUGGAGUUGUUUUUGUUUUUGAUUUGACUGAGGAAAAGUUUCGUGAACAGAUUUCACCACAUCCUAAGCCAACAGGUUGGUGGCAUGGAUAUUCUAUAGGGGUUCUGGGUGGGGCUUUAUACUAUGCUAUUGAACAUGGCUAUCAGUUGAACGAAAGCACAUCUGACAUCUGGCUACUGAAAGGGAAGAACGAUAGUCAUGACAUGAAAGAGCAGGUGCAUCAAGAGACAUUGGGUUGGAGUCAUGAGUUCAGUUAUCCAGAAAAAAAAACCAUUUUCCUUGGUAAAGGGUGGCGGUGUUUUACAUUUUUAUUAUUGGUCUCUUGGCAUUUAUGAUGCAGUAACUUCAACCUCGAAGGAGCUUGUGUGUUUUAGUUCAGUUAAUCAAAUAUUACCUCACAACAACACCUUAGUUUCGUUGAAAGAAUUGGGAGAAGAAGAUGUAAAAAUAUUGGAUUCAGCUAGACUUAUUGAAGACAGAAAGCCGUUUUUCCCGACGAAGGAGCUAACAAGAUAAGCUCCCUGGAUACGUUCAUUUACUGGCUAAUGCUCUGCAAAUCUGGAAAUCUCGACAAGUGCAAGGUAGCUAGAGCAGGAAGAAGCUCUGAUUUUGCUUAAAGCUAUAGUGUAUCUUUCAUAUGCAGCGCAGCUAUCUCCUGUCACUAAAAAAUGGAAUACCAAUGGGGCUAUUGAAUCUUUGCCUUCUAAUA